AUGGAUGAACCAACCAGACACACUCGCUGGGAUCAAGACGGAAUCAAUGGAGGCCCCUCAAGCAUUGCGAUUAUUGUUGAAUGGCUAACUACGGGUAACAACUACCUCAGAUGGCGGGGACGUGAGGCGCCUAACCCAAACGGACAAGCCCAAAUGUGCCCAGAGAUCCUGGAGUUGAUGCAUGAUCAUGAUAUACCGGUGAAAAUUGAUGCUCUUGUGCGCCAAUACUGCUCAGCACAAGCACACGUUUCACUGACUCAAAUAGACAACCGUCUGGAACCUCAAGAAAUCCAGGCCUACAUGCUCAGACUGUGCCCAUACUGGGUUAUGCUUGACCCCAUCAUAGGACCUCUAGAAUCAAAUCAAACCCAAUUUGUCAUGGGAGAAGAGUCUGAUUCAGAAUCAACAAACAGUACUUGA